AAUUUCUUUCUCUUUUUUUAGGCACUAUUGUUGGGGUUAAUGAGAGCACUGCUUACUCCUGGCCUACCUGUGACAGAUGUGGCAGUGGAAAAUUGGAACUUUAUUCCCAGGACAGCAAAUUGCUAUAUUGCAACCAGUGCUCUGAAGUUGUAAUUUCACCGGUUACAAAAAUGCAGCUGGAAGUCUUCUUGAGUUGUCCAUCUCGCUCUCAAAGUACAGUAAAAGUAAAGCUGUUACAACAGACCAUCUCUUCCCUGCUGACGUCCUCCCCCGCUGAGGAUGGGAGUUAUGAGGUGAGGAGCGUGCUGGGAAGGGAGGUGGGGUUUCCGAGCUGCUACGUCCACUCGGCCAGCAGCCACCCCGACCGCGUUGGCUUGGAGGAAAUCGUCCUUCUGGAAGCAGCAAGAAGCUGA